AUGAAGUCCCUACUGUUCACCCUUGCAGUUUUUAUGCUCCUGGCCCAACUGGUCUCAGGUAAUUUGUAUGUGAAAAGGUGUCUAAACGACGUUGGAAUUUGUAAGAAGACGUGCAAACCUGAAGAGGUGCGUUCAGAACAUGGUUGGGUAAUGUGCGGCAAACAUAAGGCAUGCUGUGUUCCAGCUGACAAACGUUCUGCUUAUCCUUCUUUCUGUGUCCGCUCAAAGACUACGAAAACUUCAACAGUAACAGCAACAGCAACAGCAACAGCAACAACAGCAACAGCAACAGCAACAACAGCAACAACAGCAACAACUUUGAUGAUGUCUAAUGGUUUGAUGUCUUCGAUGACUACGAUGGCCGCUACCCCUGUUUCUCCCACUACUUGA